AUGCUAUGUCCAUUUGUUAACAGAUUGCCAACAUCUUUUCUCCGAAGCUAUGAAGAUUCAGUGAUGAGGAUGUAUAUGGAAUACUGCCCUUUCAUGGCUCGAUUUAUGUCCACUAUUUCAAAGGUUCCGUAUGAAGAUCUUCCUGCCCAGACAAAGGAAUGGCCUUUUCUAGGUGUCAUCAAACCUAGUUUAAAAACUGGAAGUCUGGGAUUAGAAGAAGACAUUAUUGAAAUGGAAAAAACACAGAAAACAAAAGAUAAAAAGACAGUGUCAGCAUUCUGUUAUGAAGAUUUUUUUCAAGAGCAAAUUGCCAUAAAGAAGAAAGACCAUUCUUAUCGCAUCUUUAGGAAAGUGAACCGAAUAGCUGAAAAAUUUCCUCUUGCGCAAGAAGACAGCAUUGGUACCCCAUUCAUCACAGUGUGGUGUAGUAAUGAUUACCUAGGAAUGAGCCGACACCCAGAGGUUAAAAAAGCAGUUAUUGAAGCUGUUGAAAGACAUGGUUGUGGUGCUGGCGGAACUCGAAAUAUAUCCGGAAAUUCUCCUUUCCAUGAACUUUUGGAGAAAGAGCUCGCACUUCUACACCAGAAGGAUGCGGCUUUAUUAUUCACCUCAUGUUUUGUAGCCAAUGACUCGACCUUGUUUACUUUAGCUAAGAGUUUACCAGGUUGUCACGUGUUUUCUGAUGCGGGAAAUCACGCCUCAAUGAUUCAAGGUGUUCGGAAUAGUGGAGCUUUUAAACACAUUUUUCGUCAUAAUGACCCAGAACACCUGGACCAACUUUUGAGCAAAAUCCACGUUAAUGUUCCGAAGAUUGUGGCGUUUGAAACUGUCCACUCUAUGACAGGAGCCGUUUGUCCUUUAGAGGAAAUGUGUGACGUCUCCCACAAACACGGAGCUCUCACCUUUGUCGAUGAAGUUCAUGCUGUAGGUUUAUAUGGAGAAAAUGGUGCUGGAAUUGGAGAACGCGACAAAGUUAUGCAUAAAAUGGACAUAAUCUCAGGCACUUUAGGAAAAGCCUUUGGAAAUAUUGGAGGUUACAUUGCCAGCACAGCACCUCUAGUGGACACAGUCCGAAGCUACGCUGCAGGCUUUAUUUUCACCACUUCUCUUCCACCUUCUGUUCUGAAGGGGGCGUUGACCUCGAUUCGAAUUUUAAAAAGUGAAGAAGGUCGAAUUCUACGAAACAAACACCAAGAAAAUGUUCGUUAUCUUCGAAAAGCUCUAAUGGAUGGUGGUAUUCCUGUGGUACAUUGCCCCUCUCAUAUCAUUCCUGUUCAUGUAGGAGAUCCUUGGUAUUCCACCAGCGUGUCCAACAAUCUGAUAUCAAAACAUGGACACUACGUCCAGGCCAUCAACUAUCCGACCGUAUCUCGUGGUGAGGAAAAGUUGAGAAUUGCACCAACACCAUUCCAUACCCAGGCUAUGAUGGGUGCUUUUGUUCGGGAUCUCGUGACCGUGUGGAACAGCUUGAAUUUGCCUUUCAAAGACCAAAUAUGCAGCAAGGAAUGCAAAUUUUGCAAAAGACCACUGUUACUUGAAGAGCUUGAGUCAUGGGUGCUGCCACCUUGCGGAAAGCUAAAUGAAUGUCCUCGGAUGAUUGCUGCAAAUUAAGACAGAAUUUAUGUUUCAUUAAUGGUGAC